CCGGAGCGGUCGCUUAAAAGUGUCACGACGUCUUCAGAAAUGUUUUCGGGAACUUUCUACGCGUUGUUAGCGGGUUUCCUGGGUGCCGCUGCCUCGUUGUCCGCAAAGCUGUCGCUGGGUGCGGACUAUCUGAGAGAGAUGUGUGAGUCCGGGAUGAGCGGCCGGACGGAAGCAGCCGCUGGACCCUCCGCCUGUGACUGGCUCCACAUCCCCCUGCGGCUGCUGUGUGGAGGUCUGCUGUUCAUCUGUAAUGCUGUCAUGUGGACCUUCUUCUCAAAGGCUCUCCGACUCUGCUCCUCCUCAGCCAGGGCCACCGUCACUACCACCGCAGCCAACUUCAUCUCCUCUGGCGUGCUGGGGAGGCUCAUCUUUGGAGAGUCCCAUGCAGCUCUGUGGUGGGUGGGCAUCUCUCUCACUCUGUGUGGACUUCUGGUGCUUCAUGGUUCCACACCUCAGACUCUCCCACAGGAGGAGGACAAAAAGGACAAGUGAUUUGGUCAAGUGACAGGUCGUUUGGCUUGUUAGAAGUGUGCAGCCUCUGCUCUUCAGUUGCAGCCACCUAAGGAUAGUGUUCCUCAGACUGGACCAUCUUAGGCACUUUAAAGUGGAAAUAUUGCACAUAAAAGGAGGUGAAUAAGUGUCUUAAUGUGAAGUGCAAUUAAUGUUACACAGAGCAGACAAGUCUGUUACUGUGGCAGGUUUUCAGCCUCUAGCGUGGACCAGGUCAUUAAGAUCUGCAGGUUUAGGGGGCAGUUUAAUAAGGUAAAAUCUUCUUUCUUUUUUUCUGAGUUCCAUUAACAUUAAGAAUUUCAUCUGCUUCACAUUUUCUGGAUUCUCAACAGAACUUGCUCCAAAACAAUGUUGAAACUUAUACAAAGCAGAAACUUUUAAUUUCAAAGGAGAUGUAUGAGUUCUUAUUGUACUUGUGUUGGAAUUGCCAACAGUCUGUCACAAAGUUGUGGUAGCUUUUUAUUAUUGUUUUUACAAAACGUAUUGGAGGUGGAGUUUUAGUGACAUAUUCCAAACCACACAGUGCUCCACUGUGCUAAUGGACGAGAGCAGAAUUGACAUUUUCAGUCCACACUAUUCAUACCAAUCAUGUUAGAGCAUUCAAACUCCACAUAGAGUUUAUGUAGAAAAGACU